AUGGCGUUUCUAUUCAAGUCCAAGAAGCAUCAGGACCGCACGACAACGAGUCGCGACGGCAGUUCAGGCUCCCAGGGGUCCAUCCAGAACGCCCCCGGACGCGUGGUGGCCAGAGACGACAAGAACACAGCAUUGCAGCGCGCAACGCCCACGGGCAGCCUGCAUUCUAUCGACAAUGACACCAGCACUUCCAGCCCUGAUCAGGCCGGCCCAGGCCAUGGACGCCGUGCUGGCAGCGUGGACACGCCCCAGACGAGUGAUUUGCCAUUUCGCAACACUCCUCCCGUGAGCAAUUCGAACGCUUCGCUUUACCCAUGGUCGCAGCGACGAUUGACCUAUACCUCGUCGCAUCCGAGUCCGUUCCCACGAUAUGGCGCCGCCGUCAACGCAGUCGCUUCAAAAGAAGGAGAUGUUUACUUGAUGGGUGGCUUGAUCAACAGCUCAACAGUCAAGGGCGACCUUUGGAUGAUUGAGGCUGGUGGUAGUUUGAAUUGCUACCCCCUGGCGACCACCGCCGAAGGCCCGGGGCCUCGUGUUGGCCAUGCCAGUUUGUUAGUCGGCAACGCUUUCAUCGUGUAUGGUGGAGACACCAAAAUCGACGAUAACGAUAUCUUGGACGAGACACUAUAUCUACUUAAUACUUCAACACGGCAUUGGUCUCGCGCCUUGCCUGCAGGAUCUCGUCCUUCAGGGCGCUACGGCCAUUCGGUUAAUAUUCUAGGCUCCAAGAUAUACAUCUUCGGUGGUCAGGUCGAAGGUUUUUUUAUGAAUGACCUCUCUGCCUUUGAUCUCAACCAGCUACAGUCGCCAGCCAACCGAUGGGAGAUCCUCAUCAAGGCGGAAGCGAACCCAAAGGUACCUGCUGCACGAACGAACCAUUCCAUUGUGACAUUCAACGACAAGAUGUUUCUGUUUGGUGGCACCAAUGGGUUCCAAUGGUUUAACGAUGUCUGGUGUUACGAUUCUGCAGUCAACAAGUGGGCGCAACUGGACUGUAUCGGUUAUAUACCCGCUCCUCGUGAGGGCCACGCUGCCGCUAUAGUGGACGAUGUCAUGUACAUUUUCGGCGGAAGAACUGAGGAGGGCACAGACUUGGGCGACCUUGCAGCAUUCCGCAUCACACAGCGGAGAUGGUACACUUUCCAAAAUAUGGGCCCCUCUCCUUCGCCCCGAUCUGGACAUAGUAUGACAACGGUUGGGAAAUCCAUUGUAGUGCUUGGUGGAGAGCCUAGCACUGCUUCUCCGUCUACGAACGAUCUUGGUAUCCUCUAUGUCCUGGAUACGACUAAGAUUCGGUAUCCCAAUGACGCUCCAGGAGGACCUCAAAGAAUACCUCAGGCGCGACGCCCCAGCGAUGCGUCGAAUCCCAAUAGGCAACCGCCAAUACGCGAUGUGUCCAACGGAGGAGGACCUCCUGAUCCCAGAAACGCACCUGGUGGCCCUACCGGCCAGAGAGUCCCUUCAAACGGCAUGGAGCCAAAUGGCCCGCCAAAUCCCGGAGGCCCAAGCUCUCCUCCGCCUGUCGGAGCGCCGCCAAGAGUACCUCCUGGAGGUCCCGGAGGCCCUGGAGGCCCUCCGGGUCCAGGAAACAAAAUGCGAGCUGGUUCGACCUCUAGCCCCUCCGGACCGCCACCGCAAGGCCCAACUCCUGCUAAACCAGGUGACCCAUCUGCCAUAGGACGAGUUCGAGGCGCCUCUGUUGACCGAGCUAUGGCGACCGGCUCACCACAGCUGACUUCUGCUCCAUCUCCCAUAGCUCGCGAGGCCAUCCCCGAGGGCGAGGUGCCCACACCCACAGGUGUCAACGCAUCAGCUCCAGUCUCUGCGAUGGGUAAUCCUGCUAAUGGGCGACGAACACCAACUACGCCAACACAAGCUACCAGGUCGGGAUCUAAACAAGGCUCUUAUGGUGAGCCUCCCAGGAAUGAGCCUCCCAGGAAUGAGCCUCCCAGAGGUGGACCCCCUAGAGGUGAACCCCCUAGAGGUGAACCCCCUAGAGGUGAACCCUCUAGAGGCGAACCCCUUAGAGGCGAACUUCCUAGAGGCGAACCUCCACGAGGCAAAAUGCGCCCAGGAAACUCGCCAGGCUCGAUUGAUGCUACGGGAGAAGGAAUGCAGAGGAUGGCACCGAAUCGACCAACAUCACCCACGCAUCUUAGCAAGCCGAUAAAUACUUCAUUGAACCGACGCUCAUCCGGCCGAAACUCGCAGACAGUCGCGCUUCUCAAAGAGCUUGACUCCGCCCGCAAUCGAAAUGCGUGGUAUGCGUCGGAGCUAGAGCUAGCCAGGAAAGCGGGUUAUGUGGCCAACGCGUCCAUGGGGCCCGCGCUUGACGGGAAAGCCAUUGAAACUUUUGACGAUGAAGAUCGACCGUUGAUCGAGGCACUUCUGGCCAUGCGAACGGAACUAGCGAAUGUUCAGAACGCUGUGGAUAAACAAGCCAUUGUUGCUGCUAAGCAGAUAGCGGAGGCAGAAAGGCAGCGAGAUGUUGCUAUUCAGGAAGCCGUCUAUGCCAAGGCUAAGCUGGCUGCUCAGAGCGGCGGCAGCCCGUCCAGCACCCCUCAGCCCGAUGGCGAGCGCGACGACUCUGGCGCUAGAUCGGCAGAGAUGAGCAAAAAGCUUGCGUCUGCUCUCAACCACCAAAAGAGUCUUCAAACGCAGCUCGAGUCUGCGAAAUCCGAACUUGAAGCCGAGAAAAGGGCCCGGAAGCUCGCUGAUGAUACAUCGGCAGCCGCCCAGAAGCGCAUGGUCGAAUUGGAGAAUUAUAAGCAGCAAACGUCUGGUGAGGUCGAGCGUCUGAAAGCAGAGCUUCAUUUCUCGCAGCGUGAAGCUCGGGAGCAGUCCGUGGCUAGUGCCGAGGCUGUGGCGUCUUUGGAACUGUUAAAGGUUGAGAAGGAGUCGAUUUCAAGGAAGCUUGACGAAAUUUCUGAUUCAUCUAAUGGCCGUGAAGAGACGUUUGAAUCUCUUAGAGCUGCUAUUGAAGCGUCGCAAGAUGCCACCGCCCAUCUCGAGACAAAACUCGAGGAAGAGCGAACCCAGAGAGAAAAGGUCGAAGGGAAGUUGAGUAAGCUCAAGGCUGAACACGAAGCACGCACAGCAGAGCUGGUUGCCGUGACCCAGCGCCUGCGAGAUGCCGAAGAGCUUGCCGAGAAACAUGCCACUGAAGCACGGACUCACCGAGAGGCUGUGUUGUCUGGACUUCAUAAGCUCACAACUAAAGACGAGGCGAACGCGCAUAAUCCAGAUACUGAGCGUGCUCUUGCACUCCAGAACCAACUGACUGCCGCAAACGCCCUGGUUAAGAAGUAUCAGCAGGAAGCUGAUGUAGCUGCUGAUAGGCUGCGUGGCGCGGAAGAGCGUAUUGCCGGCCUCGAACAGUACCAAGAGCAAUCUAGCCGAGAAGGCGUCGGUAUUCGACGACAGCUUCAGUCAGCUCUGAGGGAAAACCAGAGUCUCCAGGCCGCUCAUUCAGAUAUCAAGAACCAGCUGGCUGCUCAGCAGCUCGAAACGAAUGCUAUGACCGUGCAGCAUAAUGCACUCAAAGACAUUCUUGUUGAACGAGGCAUUAGCCCUACCGGUAGCGCUGUCAGAUCUCGUGGCCUCAAUAGCCCGCGAACAGGGACCCCCGAGCAGCAGAACCGUCUGCGAGAGCUUGAGUCUCAGCUGGCCAGCAUUAGCGCUGCUCAUGAAGAAACUAAGCAGACUUUCGCCAUGCAGGCCCAAGAUUCCGAAACUGCGUAUCGUGAGAAGUUAUCUCAACUUGAGAGCGAUUACCAAUCGGCGGUGCACUAUGUUAAGGGAACUGAAAAGAUGCUGAAGCAGCUCCAGGAGCAAUUGACACGCUACAAGACGGAGAAUAGCCGCUUGAAAUCAGAGGUUGAGGGACUUGAGGAGAGGCUGCAGGCUGGCUUAGACGAGGCUGGCUCUGCUACUUGGGAGAAGGAGCGUGCCGCUUUCCAGGGCAAAAUAACUGAGUUGGAGGCCGAAUUCCGCGGUUCCGCUUCUCAGCUGGAGAAAAACCUUGAGAGCCUCCAGGCUGAAUUGGUGGAGAGCAAGCAGCAACGAGACGAAAUUAGUGCAAACCUAAGCACGCAGCGCAAAGAGCUGGAGCAGUUGCAAUCGGAAAAUGUCCUUCUUGAACAACGUGCUUCUGAUGCUGAACAGAAGGUUUCUCUACUACUGGAUCAAGUUGAGCACUCUGUUGAUACCUACCGCCGUCGUAGUCGGCACGUUGAGGGGAUGGUGCCACCAAAUGGACUUGGCCACAGUCGCAACGAAAGCUCCGAGGGAGAAAGCAUUUAUGGAGAGAGCAAUAUUGGCAAUAUUGGCAAUAUUGGCAACAGGAACAGUGCUGCAUUGGACAACCUCGCAAGCGAGCUGGAGACUCUUCGAAACCACUGGGAAACAACGAAUAAGAAUUAUCGCUUGAGUACCAACUUUGAUUUCGACUCUGCAGCCACUCUACAGCCGGAAGACGAGACUCCUACCAUUGGAAUGAGCGAGAAUCUGGCUGAUUGGAGGAGGCGACUUGAUUCAGACAACCACCCAGACACCAAACAAGGCUAA